CCUGAGCCGCUCACAUCCACCUGUUAAGGAGAGAGACUAGAGCGGACGGAGUGUGUGAGAGAGAAAUGAGGUGAAAUGAGGUUUUACUCCGUCAGAUUUGGGUGUUUGCUGGCUUUCGUGUGUUUUGUUUCGCUUUCCUGGAUAAAAUCAAUUCCUCACCAUGAAGGUAAGCGGCCACCGGAGUUUUUACGAGAACUUAUAGUAGGAGUUGAAUAUUAUCAAAUCCGAACAUGUUCAGCAGGCUAUUACCUUUUUUGUACUUUGUAUUCACCGCAAAAACCUUAAACUUUACCAAAUUUGCCUCAUCCCUGGUAAGAAAAGGUAAUUACAUUUACAGCCUACAUUUUACAUUCACCUGACAAGCACAGAUGGACAUCGUAUUUAAACCUACUAGUCCAAGGACUGCAAAAGUGUAAACUUAAAAGAAAAUUUGCGUGCUUCAUUGACAACCAUUUUUUUGCUCCUCAAAAUCAAUUAAUUGUUUUUGGCUUUGAAUCUCUUGAAAUCGAAUGUUGAUAUUGAAUGUCCGGCCUGUGUAGUUAAUAUGAAGUACUGUGAUAAAUUAAUCCCAUGAACAUUUUUAACCUGUUCUUAUCAAGUUAUUUUUAGAAAUUGGGACAGGUAUCCAAGGUUUCCGCCAUCCUUCUUACAUUACUGUCUACUGUCACUUCUACUUUUUUGUCAUUGUAACAGUUUAAGUGCAGUGUACAGAGUACGUUUCUGACAUGACACUGGAAAACUUAAAGCUCCUGUAAAAAGCUGUCUGACAUUAAUAAAACCGAUUAAAAUUGAAACUGAUACCUUUAAAUGAUAUAGAAAAGCAAAUGGUACCAUCAGCAACAAAACAGACUAUUUUUAUUUUCACAAAUGUUCAUGCCAGAAAACAAUGGGAGGGGGUAGGUGUCAGCCAAGCAGCUGAGGCAGCAACUGUUUUAAGUUUUCACAUGAAGUAUUCAUAAAUAAUACCGUGGAUGCUUAAGUAUGCAGAGGAGAGUGCCAAAAUUGACAAAAUAUAAAAUUUCCUGGCAAGAGCUUAAGGUUCAGAGAGCCAAGUAUGAUUUGUGCUUUUUUUUAUUCAUUAAAAGUAUUUUAAUCAUACCAAAAGUUUUACCAGCACAGACAGACUUUUGGAUUGGAAUUUGAUCUAUUUUUGUAUUUAGAAAGCUGAAUGCAACAACUUAAAGCUUCUGUAAAGAACUUUCACUUUGUGCCGAUAUACCUAGCCUGGCUGGGCCAUCCAGUUGCGUGAAUCACUUGCCGGUCCUUCCCACAACAGUCUGCACUUCGGCCAAUUGGGAGCGUGUAUUAGAAAUCAGAAAAUAACCGGGUCAAUCAGUGACUGUGUUUCCACUGUUCCUCGGACAACAGGGAAAGGCAGCCCCUAAUUGGUCCAUGUGUAGAUGGUGAUGUCUAACACAUGCUGCGGGACUUUUCAAAGCGCUGUUAAUUCACAACGCUGUUAAUUCACAACGCUGUUAAUUCUGCAGUUCACUUUGCAAAGUCGGCAGAAAUCGUUUAGAUCUGCAGAAGACGUUGGAUAUAAACAAUUUCUGCCGUGGAAGAAACACAGUGGAAAACACAGUCACUGAUUUACCUGGUUAUUUUCUGAUUUCUAAUACACGCUCCCAUUAGGCCAAAGUCCAGACUGUUGUGGGAAGGAACAGCAAGUGAUUCACGCAGCUUGAUGGCCCAGCCAGGCUACGAUAUACCUGGUGAGGACAAAGAUGUACCCUUAGUGUCUUUUUAAAUGUUGGUCCUGCUCAUUUGUAAUUAGUGUAAUUAUCCUGCUGUCUUUCAACAGUCAAAGAAAUGACUCAGUGUUGCUUUGCACAGUGUAAAAAAAUAAGCUAUUUUUGCUUGUGAGGUGUUAAUGUCCUUAACUGACACCAACCCUAGAGCAGCAGCGUCAGGCUUAAAAGAUAACAGCAAAGACAUUGUCAGCAUCGACACAUUUAUGAUCUUGUAUUGUAUUUAAAAAUGUGUCAGUGCUAAUUACAGCUUGAUUUAUUACCCUUAAAAAGGCUCACCCUCAGUUUGCAGGAGAAGUAGGUAUUAGAUGGAGAUGUCUCUUAUUCUAGUAUCAGCUCCUCUGAUUGGGCAGGUAAUUUGUUAGAGAAACAGGUUGAACCACAUAUAAGAGAUUUCUGUAUACAGAUUCUGAUGGAAUCAUGCAAAAGCCCGGAGGCCACCAGCAGCUAUAUAACAUCGAUUUAGCUUUAGAUCAAGUCUUUGACCUGAUAUCUACAUGUAGGUACAGCUAAGGAUUUGCUGUCAGGAUGUGCAUCAUCUUUCAGCUCCAGUUCUGUUUUUGCCUAGUAGAUUGUUAGAGCGUUAACAACCUGCAAGAUAUGCAAAGUGAAGCCCUGGCCUGGGUGCUAUCAUUGCUUACUGCCAACUAUGCUCAAAGUCCUAGAAAGUUUUGCAUCUCUCUCAGGGGCAAUGAGUUGAUGGCAGAUGGGUUCAGAGAGUGUACUCAUCUAAAUGUCAAGUUAAAAACCUAUUGACUAACUGUGAAACUGAUUUCUGUGGUCAUAGACAGGGGAAACUGGCCUGUGAUGGUAAAUUUUUCUUUGAGUUAAAGACACAGUAACCACAGGUUGUUUUUUUUUAAACUAAAAAUCAUGUAAAACUGUUAAAGUGGUAUACAGACAGGAAGUAAAGAGUUGGAAAAAAAUGCCCCAAACCUCCUCAGCACAGUUUGCUCUGGGAUACUAUCAUCUGUGGACCCAUGGAAGUUUGGGAAUUACCCCCUGUUGACAAUGUUUUUUAGGGAUGGGACUCAAGAACAAGUUUCAGAUAAGAGCCAGUUUCAACUCAUUUGAGUCAUCAACAUCAUUUGUCCUUGUGGUUCCCUCAUCAGUGCCUCACUAUUAGCUCUGUGUGCUUAUCACGUUUAACAUAAACAUGCUCAAAAGCAUCUCAGAAUGAAAAAAGUAUGAAACGCAGAUGUGUAGGACAUACCACUGUUGUGCUUACUAUAUAAAAGCCAGAAUGGUUUACAGUAAAAUGUACAGUAAAAUCCACUUGCACCAUGAGACCUGCAGCUUUUUGGUGAUAAACCCUGUGUGCUUCUGUGGUGUCCAGUGAUUUACAGAGAAGUUGUGUAUUUUCAAAGACUGUCCAGACCCAGUCCCCCCAAAACAAAGGUAAUCUAAGAACAAGAAGAAAUGUAUUGAUCCCCGAAGAGAAAUUCAAUUCUGGGAGGAUUUAUGUUCAAAUUUUAGUAAAAUAGUGCAGAUUCACUUAUUGGCUGACUAUGAUAGACAAGCGUGAGUUUUUGUUUUGGUCCGUCAACCAAUCAGAGGGUGUAUCUGCAAUCAGCUGACCCAAAAUGUCAGCCAGUCACCCAAUGAGCAGCCAGACUGAGAGACAUCAUAGCCUGCUCACUGCACAGAAAUAAAAAAGGACUGUUUCAGAUAGAGUAAUCCUACAAUCCUAAGUGUUUUUACAAUCAUUUUACAAAAAAACAUUUUGUCUAAAAGAUGUUGAGAGCAUCAAUUUACAUUGCCUUAUGUAAUGUGACUAUUUUAUUACUUUUUUAUAAUCUUAAUUGCGGUCUGUACUUCUGUAAUAAGAUUUGGUCUCCUGUCAAAUGUCAUGAAUAGGGGGUCAUCUUAUAAUCCGAAUCAAUACAGGUGACAUUUUAAAACUCUCGCCAGUAUAUACCCACCUUUGUUUUUCCUAUUACUGACCUCUUUUCGGCUUUGUGCAUCUGUAAAUGAAUGUUAUAUCUUUGUGGAGUAGAAACAAAUGAAAAACACUGAGCACAGUGGAAAGAAAAGGAUUUAUUUUGAUGGUUGAAGUGCAACUUUCAACUUAUAUGGAAACAUUUGCUAUCCUUAUUACUUGUUAUGCUUUAAUUUACGGUAGCUUAAUGCAAUACCAGAGCAGUUUAUAGGGAGAAGAAGAAGAACUUUAUUGAUAUCCGAAGGGAAAUUCAAUUGUCUGUUGUCUCACGUAAAAUGUCUAUAAAAUUAAUCUAUUAUUUACAUAAGAGUUAUACAGUCUGAUGGCUGUUGGUACAAAAGAUCCUCUGAAUCUUCUGUCCUGCAGCGAAGAGAGAGGAGCCGUCCACCACCAUUGGCCCUUUGGUCCAUCAAGGUGUUGUGAAGUGGGUGAUCCGUGUUCUUUAGAAUAGUCUCCACCUUCCUCAGUGUAGAUCUCUCCACCACAUCCUCCACUGAGUCCAGCUUGAGUCCUACCACAGAACCAGCCUUUUUCACCAGUUUGUUAAGUUUAUGUGAAACAUGCUGACAGUACCUCAGCCAGCGACAAGAAUGUGUGGUAUUUUGUUUCUAUUUUUGUUGUUCCGUCUAUCUGGAAGCAAGGGAUGUUAAUUUUUUUUUUGAUUUGAUUUAAUAAUUUUAUUUAAGUGUCAUACACCAAAAUUGGUGUCCAGCCCCAUGGGCUUAUUAGACACUGUUCAACAAACUCAAAACACAAUGUAUCCAAGACAGCCACGCAACAUAAUAUACAACAACAAUAACAUCAAAAAUCCAUUAAGAAUUGUAACACAAACAAUGAGGAUAAUGAAAGAGAAACAAAAAAGUUCAUCCUACAGGGUACAAAAUACUUUGCCGCAUAUGCCAAGCCUUUUUAACAAAUUUUGCCAAAACAAAAACAUCCUUUUCAAACAACCAACCCAAAAUCUCACCUUCACUCUUCCAAAAUAAAUCAGGAUUUUUAAACUGAAUUGAUUAAAAAAUGACAGUCCUUAAGUCAACAUAUAAGGGACAAUUGAAAACAAAAUGAAAUUCAUCCUCAACCACCUGUAAAUCACAGAAUUCACACAAACGUGCUUCUUCCGGUAAGCCUUUAAAUCGUCCCACUUCUACUGCCAGAGGCAAGGUACCUGUUCUCAACUGAGCACAGAGAGAUCUCUGUCUUCUCUUUAAAUUAAGGAAAAUAUAAGGUUCUGUAAAUGUUAAAGUUUGGUGUUUAGUUGUCUGAAAACUUAACAGCCCAGAAUGAAAAAGUAGCCCUCAGACAGAUUGCCUGAGUUGCUGUCUAUGUUGAAACAAAAUAGAAUAUGAAACCUCACAACUUAUUCCCCUUAGUAGAGAUUUUGCAACAAAUGUCUGCCUGCCGAAACCUCACAGCCCCAUGUAUCUGUGUUAGUACAUAGCACACGGACAUUUACAGAUCCUUUUUACUCAUAACAACAAAUUAAAUCCUCAUAUUUAAAGGUUUACAUCUUUUCUUGUCAGGUGAGUGUGGCUUAAAUGUAUUUAACAAGCAGACAAAUACAAAAGACAAAUACGCUCCGUGUACGAGUGUCUUAAGAUACACUUAAACUGCUGCAAACAGACUGUGAUAACAACAACACAAUAUAAAUUAAACAGAAAAAUGAAUGACUGUGAUAUAAAAUGCUGGUCUGCUGAGAUGUGUUGACACACUAAGAGCAAGCUGAGAGUAGGAAAAUGUAUGCUGGUAUAGAGUCAAAUCUAGGAUUAAAAAAACAAAACAGUGUGAAACAACACUAGUUAAAACUGGGACAACAGAAUAACACUGACAGCAACCACACACAGGUAAGGUUUGUAAUUAAUAAUAUGAGGUGUGACACCUCAGUAAAUGCGUUAACCGAGGCAGACAUCCUCUCUCUCUCUUUCUUUCUCUCUCUCUCUCUCUCUUUAUAUAUAUAUAUAUAUAUAUAUGUAUUGAUAGUACCUGCUCUUUUUGUUUUUCUUGUUUAAUUGAGCCUGUUAUCUCAGGUUUAGGUCCAACGAAAGACAUUGUGAAAAUCCCCCCCUUACUGACUGAUGUGAAAGAGAUGUUUUUUACGUAUCCUGAAAUGAAAGUCCUAGGGGUGACAAAACACUGAAACAAACACAAAAUAUAAAUUAUUCUUUCUGCAUUCUGAAAAAGUUACACCAGCGUAAAACCAUACGUAUUUAAGCAUGUUGAAAUCUGUCAUAAAACUUCUUUCCAUGUUCAUAACAGUCCGCACAUGAUCUAAAUUUGCUCCAUAAGACCACAAACGGCCAUGAAAGUAUGAGGGCUGUGACUGUUUUAAAUGUUCUAAUGAAUAAAGUGCACAUGUGGUUGUGUUUUUACAGGAAUAGUAAGGGGUUUUUAAUGGAGAGGGGUUAGUCUUUUUUCAUCACACCACUUCAUCACAGGAUUGUUUUCAGGAUAUCGUUGUUGCCCUCAUAGAUUCUUAGAUUGGUACCAUCAUACUGAGCUGAACUUCUGUACAGUCAUGUUCAAAUUAGGAGGCUGAGGUCAACCAGCAUCUUUAAGGACUUCUCCUCUCUUUAGUCUCCUGUCAAGUGGCUUGUGUCCAUGAUAUUUAUGUCUGUCCAUUAGCUCCUGAUGUCAAACUUAGGACAUUUUUAUUCGCUUGUUACUCCAGAGGAAGUGAAGUGAUAACACAGCAGCCUAAAUUACAUCAGCAUUUAAGCUUUAUACUUUGAAUAUGACCUCUGAGGAAAAUAUCUACCUUGUGAACACUGUACAUUGUUGCAGAAUAAUAACUACUUGUCUGCAUUUGCUUCCAGGUUCGGCAAUACAGCUGGACCUGCAGACCCUGUACGAGCGUUUGUUGGCGGCCGAGCAGCUGGGUGUGGAGGUCAGAAAGGAUCUCAGCAACAUGCUUGAAGAGCUGAGGAACAUGUCCAAAGCUGCAAACAACACCCAUCACACUGUGAACAACACCAAUGACAUCAGCACAGGUACUGAUGGGCAGCAGUGUGCAGGAGGUGUUAAACUUCAAAACCUUGUGAGAGUAGCUUGAACAGUGCUACUGAAGAAACACUUUAAUACAGACAAAUAAAGCAGUGUAGUUCAAUUGCUGUACAAGAGCUAAAUAUCAGUGCUGCAUUGACACAAGUAUACCAAAUGCAGAGGUGAUCAUAAUCACAAAUAAGAUCUCUUUUCUGGAAAUACACUGCUGAUGUUCAGUCUGUUCGUAUCUAGAGUGAGAACAGGGUUUAUCCCUAAAUCAGAAGCACAGUAAUAGGAGAAAAUACUGCACUCUUUUCUACUUGUACUCUUUUUUUACUUAAACUGACAGUCUGUUACAGCUCCAACAUGAUCAUCAGAUGUAACUGCACCUUGUCAAAGUGCGCCCUCGAAAAGUGCCUCUUGUUGCAGCUGAAAGGCUCAGAGUUUUAUUCAAAGUAUAUUUACAUUAAUAUAAACCCAGUCUUACAACGAUAAACCAUUGUGUUAUGUAAUGUAUCUUUUAUUUAACUUUAAUUUAAAACUAUUACUAUCACUCUUAUCUUAUCAUUUUAUCUUGCAAAACACUGUUUUUUCUAUCUUUACCUGUUUAGGAAAAAGAAAAACUGGUAUGAUGGGUAACCAGAGCCUAAUUUAGUCAUCUGGCUCAUUUGUAAUCAAACAAUCUCAAACCAGAACUGAUUGAAGCUGCACAGACUUUACAUACUGAGAACUGAGAGCUCAGUCAAAUUUUGACUUGAACUGAAAAUCUUCUCCUGAACAACUUUCUCUGGAGCUUUGCAGGAGAAAAAUUACAAAAUCUUGACAACUGGAUUUUUGGUUAAUAAAAAACCUUCUUCAAAUUAUUCAUAACUUUAAUAACUUUCAGUUGGAAAUGCAAGUGGAUGAAAACCAGGCUAUUUUGAAGUAGAAGAUUUUGUCAUUGUGCCAAUAUGUAUUAACUUUGAAACCUCAAUUGUGUGAAGCUUGUGUUUAAAUGUUCAUCUGUACCCAGAUGAUGUUUUCUUUUUUUUAUCCUAACUUACUAUUUUAAUCAUUUAUUCUCAAAAAAGCCUUUAAACAAGAAAACGAGCGUCUGCUAUGAACACUUCCACACUUAAUGUAUAUUGUACACGUCCUUGACAAAUAGCCUAUAAAUUAAUGACAAAUGACCAUGAAGGCAUCUGGUGAUCAGAUGUAACUUUCUGCUAAGUAAGCGCAAGGCCACAAUGCUUGAAAAUGUUCUAGUUCAGAGGUGCACAAAUUGACCUAAAGUUAUAACAAAACUGAAAAGUAGAGGACCCAGGACUAAACCCCGGGGUACCUUAUGAGUUUUAUUUUCCUGUAAGUUUUAAAUUUGUCGAGUAAGACUGAAAAUUGUGCUUAAAACCCGAAUAAUACAGAAGGAAAAAAUAUUAAACCUUUCAAGUUUUAUUUAACCAUCAAUUUGCCUGUUUGAGACCAGGCACACCAAAAACAUGCAGUCAACAAAAGAUGUAGUUGUACCCAGUUUUGUCCUCCUUACCGAUGGCAUUCAAAGCUUUUUGUGUUUUCGCAUUUAAUUGACAUUUUUUGAAGUGUUUUAAAAUUUUAUUUCAAAAAGUGUAGAAAGUUCCAGAAAAGACUUGGGGCUCUAUUUUUGUGCCCCUCGGCGGUGCAGCGAAGGGUGGUGCCCCUCCCUGCAGUGGUAUAUUUUUGUCUGGCGGAGCCUGGCGCACAGCCAGUUUGGUAUUUUGGUAGACUGAGGCGCACAAAGGUGCGCCAAGCUGGGCGUGGUGGCACGGUAGGGGGAGGUGUCGGCAGAAUCAGCUGCCGCAGUGACAUUUUAUGUUCCACCGGCAGCGUAGAAAAGGCGCUGAAAGAUCGCCGAUUCAAACCUGGUCAGCUUUCAGCGCAGGCGGAGCACAGCUGGUCUAGUGGUAUUUUGGUAGACCGGUGGUGUAUUAGCAUACGUCACCGAUGCCUCACAGGCAGGUUUCCACAGUGUCAGGCACAUUUCAGUGCAAUAAAUAAUCAUCAACAACUAAUAUUCUGAGUCAGCAAAUACAUAUAGAUCUAUAAAUAUAAUCUAAUUUAUAUCUGAUCUGAUAAACGCGUUUGGACAAUCAACCUGACAGAAUUAACACAGCUGAAACUGCAUUAAAUUAAAUGUGAAAUCAAAAUGUGCUUGGACACGCCUUACUGGUGCAGCGCUCGUGAUUAACAACACGCCUGCGCCACGCCGCCAGCGAGGCACGAAAGUAGAGUCCUGAGACUUGGAUGAACACAGGAAGUUUCUAUGUUUUAGGUUGAUUUCUUGACUUUUUAGUUGCUGUUCCAACCCAUCCUGUAACUUUUCAGCGUGUUUGAUUUUUUGGAGUAUUAGACAGAUACUUGGUUCUUCCAUUGAAAUACAUAACUUUCUUUACUUUUCUUUUAGUGACAGAAAGAAGGAGGCAAGAACACAGCGAUUUACAUACACAGGCGAUCCUGCAGCCCAACAUUUAUGCCUUCUUGCCUCAUCUUGCAAAACAUCCAGAAAGUCUCACACCAAACAUCUUGCUGGGACAGGGGCGCCGAGGAGGUAUGGAUCACCAUAACAUACACACCUCCAAAAAACAGUCAUAUUUUCUUCUGAGUUAAUUCCUUAGGAGUCUUUUUAAGUAAAUAUUAGUGAUGUUUGAUACCACAGAUUUCCUUUCUGAUCCAAUACUGAGUAAAAUUAAGCCAUGGUAUCGGCGAUACGGAUCUGAUACUGAUACUUGUGCAAGUAUACCUAAUAUGUCUGGUAAAUCAUUUAGAUAAGAUCUCUACAGUUAAGUUACUUUCCAAUGUGUUCCUGUUAAUUAUAUACAUUACCUCAUAUGAAGUAUCAAAAGUAUUUGGAUUUGAAAAUCGAUUUUAGAGCACAAAGAGCUGGUAUCAGAAGUAUUGAUAUUUCAGUAUUGAUCUGCACAUCACUAGUAAAUAUUUGUUUUGAGAAUUUAUAAUAUCAGCAAGUCAGUUUAAGAAUUUCUAGCAAUUGAAGUGAGUGGUCUAAAUAAAAUGAUACCAGGCUGAACAUGUUAUAGAUCAGCUGAUUCUGCUCACCUCAACACACUUUGACCACAUAUUAACACAGGCUGAUUCUACACAGUAGGGCUGUGUUGAGGAAACAGUGACAGUGGACGACCUUUGAACACUGAGAGCAGGAAAUGCUUUUGAUUACAGACUAGUGAGGACUAGAAAUACUUGUCUUCACUACCUGCCAGACUCUCUUUGAAUACCAGCUAACGAAGGAUUGCAUGUUUUAGUCAGGCAUUGUCUUCAAAGGUCAUAUACAAUGAAAACAUAGUUUUCCUCUAUAUUCUUAACCCUUUAACUUCCACACUAAGACAUGCAUAUGCAAAAAAAAAACAUGUUAGUAGAAUUGUGUUGAUUAAUUAAUCAAUAUUUCAUGUUUCAUGUUUCAGAACAACAAAUCAAGAAGUUUGUUAUGUCGGACAUGAAUGGAUUUCUUUCAAAACCUAUCUGUACAUAAUUUUGAUAUCAUUCAAAUGUAAACAAUGAACCAUAAACAGAAAUUAGAAACAGCUGUGUGCCUGCUACAAUGCCCAUAAAACGUGUUGCAGUCCAUUAUUUCUGAAAGAUAAGAAGAAACAAACCACAAUUACUGCAACAAAUACAAUAACCCCUGUCUUUACAGAUGCCUAUCUAACAAGCUUUGAAUAAUUGGCUUUCAUAGGCUAACAUUCUGAUAAAAAUUAAUGUCUGUAUAGCUUAGAAAUAGAAUGACCAGCAACAGUUAGAAAAUGAGAAAUUAGUGACUUGAGUGAGGCUGCUUACACUGGCAACUUAACCGAACGGUCAGCCAUGUUUUCAAAGAUAUACAUUUUAUUGUCUGAUUUAUGUCCUUGAACUAAAGCAUGCUUGUUAGGGUGUCUAGAAAUUACAUCUGAUAAGUUUUUAAACUUUCACAUGCACUACUUAUCCAAACAGCAGUACUCCCUAUUGGAUGUAAUUGAUGCCCCACCACUAUUCAAUGAGGUGAAUCAUGAUAACCAGCCAAAAAUAGGUUUUUAGAGUUUUUACCCCAGUCAUUCGGUUAGGGUCAACUGCACUGUUGUAAUGGAAGUCAAAAGCCUACCUAUUCCGAUAACAGUGCUUCUACAAGAGAAUUUACACUUUUGGUGAUGUAACAAAGCAGCUAAUUGGCAUAAAAAGUCGCACCCAUGAAUUGGUCGCUUUAUCAGACAACUGCAAGGCAGCCAGUCAGAGCAGUGCAUCAUAGUCAUAGAAUCAUCACCAGCCUGGAUCAGAUAGAUCAGUGGAUUUUUUUCAAGUCAAAUCAAAACUUUGCUUGUAAUAUACCAAGGACAUGUUGCACCAAGUGGAAAACACUGUUAUAUGAAACAGGGGCUGCAGAUUUACUGACCUUUGUGCACCGUAAACUGACUUGACUGAACUUUUUUAACAACAGAUCUCAUUUAACAACCAUGUACAAACUGCCUUUUGUAGUUUUUGAGAAGAAGCUCCAUUCCCUGAUGUUUUAUGAUGUCCCAGUGUUAUAUCUUCCGAGAGAUGCUCCUGAGGGCUCACAGACCAGUUCAAUGCUGCUGUUUGUUUGUCAUGUUUGUCUUUUCUCAGUGUCCAUCGUGAUGGGCGUUCCCACAGUGAAGCGUGAAAAGGAGAGUUACCUGGUCAGCACACUCAGCUCUCUGCUCUACAGCCUGACACCAUCAGAGAAGAGCGACAUCCUUAUCAUCAUCUUUGUGGCUGAGGUAACGUCCACACAGAGGAAUCCGGUGCUGAUCCCAGCUGACAGGUCGGCAGACUGAAGGCUGGUUAGAAGCAUCAGGAAAGAUCUUACACAGUACAUGGAGAAGGAGGAGAUAUUCACUUAGCUGUCUUGGAGUCAUGACAGGGUUUUAGAUUUACACUGUCUACAAGCUGGAUAUUUGCAUGGUUUUAUCCAGCAUGAGAAACCAUAAUUAGUUCAUAAAAUCACUUUCUUGUAGAAGCCUUUCAAACUGUUUCAUUUGAUUUCAGUGAUGUUGUGAUAAACCCCUAAGAGAGUGGAGCUGAUGAGCAGAAUCAGCUGAUCUAUAACAUGUUCAGCCUAGGAUGUGGGAUCUCAGAUUAGCACAAAGCACUACAGAUUAUCACUACAGAUUAGCACUGCAGUAAGGAAUAGAAGGAGCAACGAAGUGUCUAGAUCAAAAGAGAAGCAAAAAUGUCACCGUCCAGUUAUGGCUACAAAAUAAUCUCUAUCAUUUCUCAGUUCGUUACACCAACAGGAGUAAUGCCUCUGUCUCUGUAAAGUCUGAGUUUCACUAAAAAUCAUAAAUUAAACCACGGCUCACAUCACCAGCAUGAAUAAAAAGAUAAACCUGUUUCCCUGUGCACUGCCGGCAUGAUUAAUUCACAGUUUGACUCUGUGUAUGAUUCAUCUGUUAGUUUAGAUGUCAGCUGUCCUGCCUUAAAAAUCAACAGAAUCUAAGAUAUACAGGUUGGAUCCAUCUUUCUGAUGCAUUCAUAGUAGUCGGGAAAUCUUUAUGCUGAAUGGCUGUAGUGACAGAGUCAGACAGAUUUCUGGCUGUUUGAUUUUCAGCAGACUGCCAUCUGCACUUAUUGUAAAUAAGUCAUUGUCAGAUUGGUGCUGGUUAAAGUUGGGAUGUAUUUUUGAGAGAUUAUAUUGCAACUGCUUUUGCUCUCCAUACAGACUGUUUUACUGCCUACUGAUGCAAAAUGUAUAACAAGACUGAAUACUACUCAGACUGAAAAUGAUACCAGAAAACUUGGAAAUAGUAAUGUCUGAUCCUGUGUUUACAGGCUCUGUAUUUAUAUGUAAAUGGAGAACAGAGAAAUACUAGAAAUGACAUUGCACAUAUUCUAAAUUAGGGAACAGAGUCUGACUAAGCAGUUGAAAUUGCCUACAUAAAACCCCCUAGAGCUCUGAAAGUAAGAGUCACAAAAUCACUGCAUUGACAAGGUGGCAAUAAGAGAAAAAGAAUGCAAUCACAAUUUUGUGCUCAUUCCUAGUAACCUGAUAAGCUGUUUUUAUUUGACCGGUUUGGCAGCUAAACUAAAAUGAUCAAAUUCAUCAGCCAUGAUAGGAUGUUCAUUCAAGAUUAGAUCAGAUCUAAAAAUAUUUUUUACUUCUAUCUGGCUAAAUCCAAAGAUGUUUGAGUAUAUUUUCAUGUAUACAUCAAAGUCAUGGGUAUUAUUGUAAAAGUUAAAGAGUUGAACCAGGUGUAGUUGCCAGAUUAGAAAUAAGCAGCCUACACUGUAUGAUGAAUGUAUUAAUUUCAGUCUUGAUUUAUUUGCAGCCUUGGUUUUUAGCUCCAUAACUUUCAUAUUUUCAUAAUUUCUUCUUUAACAGUGAGACCAAAGCAGGCAGCCAGCAGACUUUCAUUUUAGUGCAAUGUGUUUAAUAAUGGCCCCCUUUCAUGUACAUACACCACCAAGAGAUUCUAAAACAGGAAGCCUGAGUUGACAGAGACACUCACAACCAGCGUCAUGAUGUCUGCUAUCUGUAACUGGGACUUCAGGUUUUGUGGUUAGCUGAUGUUUAACUGGUUUCAUGCACCCACCUGAUCAAAGACACCACCCCUCUGUAUAAACUGAUGAAAGUGAUGAUUUCUUUUCUCAGAGACUAUCUGUCUGUAUAAACUAACCACAUCAGAAAUCCCCCGUACGACACUCACUCUCUCUUUUUAUCGCUCUCUCUUUUCUUUACAGUCAGACUUGGAUUACGUCAGAGGAGUAGCAGAGAUCAUAUCCAAAAAGUGAGUGCCUGUAGUUUUCCUACCAUGUGGCAGUUUCACUUUGUAUCAGUGCAGCAGUUUACUGUGGUUUCCUUUCUCUCCUCAGUGUGGCUUUUUGUGUCUUUGCUCAAGAAGAUUUUUUAAAGGGUUUGUUCAGGUUGAAACAGAAUCUUAUUUCUUUAUUAAUUUAUGUAAACUUACACCAGUACUAUUAUCAUCCUGUAUCAAAAAGCCACACAGCACAAGCAUUACACCCUUCUCAUCUGAACAACCCAUUCGUCACAGGUUUACCUGGUUUACUCCCUUGUCCUUUACUGGGUUUCACUUUUAAUCAUGCUGGAAAUUUUCUAUUGGUUUAGAAGUGUCAUCACAGAAUGAGCAACUUCCCUUAAAAUGCAUCUUUAAAGACAAAAUAUCACUGGGGUUUCUAUUUCUCUGGUAUUUCUUCCUUUUGAGGUCAGAGCUGGAUUCAAAACAUUUGUGUUUUUUUAUAGGGUUUCAUUUCAUCUCACCAUGAGGUCCAGGUUUUUAGACCUGUGAAAGCGUGCACAUGACAAGAGUUUAUAAAAAGAAAUAAUUCCUCAAAGCUCAUUGAUACAGAGAUUGUCUGAAAGGAAAGAUUUCUAAUCAUAUCAAGAAGAAAAACUUUCAAAGAUCCAUCUGUUUUUUGUGACAUUGGUAUUAAAAUGACAGAACUCUUAUUUCAGCUGCUGAACACCUCAUCUUUCAAGUAGGUGUCUUUUCUAUGUGGUUCAAACAUCAGAGUUUAAGUACUGAACUACUAUUAAAACCCUUUUGAAUUUGUAAUAAAACAUCGAUUUGAGAUGUUUCAGAGCUAGGAAACUAUGUGCAUCACAACUGCUCAGUGAUCCAUAGGUUGUUUCCACCAGCUGUGAUCUACUUACUGAUCUCCUGAAAUCUACCCCCUUCAUGGUAGAAGCGCAGUUUCAGUUUAAAUUUAGCUAACAUGGCCAGUCUGAGGUUAGGUAAAGUCUUAUAUUUUGCUAAAUAAGCGUAUUGAAACUGUAGGGGGAGGUGUACUUGGGUGACCUUUCAGGUUGGGCUCAUCUUUUUUGUAAAUGUGAUACAAAUGCCCCCACAGCAUACAAACACGUUUUUCCUCUUCUUCUCUUCCUGACUGACGCUCUGAGGCAGACUAUUUUCUGCUGAAGAAUGUGGUCGGACUGUAUGGACCUUAUAAACAACAGACUGAGAUAUUUGAUCUGUUGACACACAGCCAAGCACAGUGGAGUGAAUCCUUAAAGUGUGGAGAACUGGUGGUAAUUGCACAUGUUAUCAUGACAGUAAUCACACCUCCGAAUAGCCUGAUAAUAAUGUAUCUGAACAUAAAGACAUAAAGUCUUUAAACAUAUUUCUAUCUUUACAAUAAUCAGGGGUUGCAGUACAUCAGUCAGGAGCCACCUGGCACUCAAACAUGCUGUGCCAUAACACACCACCGAUUUCUUUGUUUUUUUUUGUAUGUGUUUAUUUUAACCUUAACUGGCUGAGCUGGUAUUUCUGGUUUGCUCCAGGAAGUAAGUUGGAUCUAGACUGUGAAACUUUUGUCACAUUUGUCAGGAUUUGCAUUCCAGUCUUUUCUAAGGUAACACUAAAAGAGUCAUCUCAAAAGGCAGUUCACGUAGUUUAAAUAGAUUGAGUUCAUGUUAAUUUAAAAAAAGGCUGCCUCAUAUUAUUGUUCUGUAGAGCCUCCUCAGCAUUAAUCCCUGAUCCUCAAUCGCUGACAUUUCCUGAAAUAAUUAAAUCGCCACAUCCUACUAUAAAGAUAUUAACUUUAAAGACAAAAGAAAAAUGACUAUGUCCCACCAAUCAAAUGUGGAGAAAAAUACCAGAGGCUUUGAAAAUCCAAAAACUCGCAUCUAACUCUAAUUUGUUGGCAGAAUAUUUGUCUAAAGGUUCCAACACUCUAUCAAACCCUGUGUCAUAAAUACAAAUGUGCUUGAGAUGGUUUUUACAUACUCUUAAAUAAAAGAGCCAAGAGUGAAGAAACACUCGACAAACACAAAAAGCUUCAGUUCAUUGUUCAUCAAAUAUGAGUAUGUUCAGUGGAUGUGUUCCUUUCAGUGUGUCCAUGAACAACGAUAUUGGCAGGUCAAGAGUGCCCCUCUUUAACACCUUCAGGGUGAGAGUGCCAAACACAGCUCUGUGCAGAAGAGUCUGGGGAAACAUGGCACACCUUGGUCACAAUAAAAACUAAAAUAUAUGAGUUUAUUUCAUUUUUCCUUCUUUGACGUUAAACUAUGAGUCAUAUAUGCAUGAAGUUAUACACAAAACUGGAUUUUGGUGCAUUUUUCCAUUCUUAAUUAAAUUCUGAUUAUUUAUGUAACAUAUUUAUAUUACUGGUCAGAUUUAGGGUGAACUUCUGUUCCUUUGCAGUUUUCCAAAAGAUGUGCAGACUGGAUUGUUGGAGGUCGUCGCUCCCUCACAGUACUACUACCCCAACUUCACAAGCCUUAAGGAGACGUUUGGAGACUCAAAGGACAGAGUCAAGUAUGUCUACCUUUAUCUGUCUCUCUAAGUAUUUGUCAAUACGAAUUCAAAACAGUACCCUCUAUUUAGAAGUGUCAGAUACAAACAGAGAGGGUGGUUUUGGUUUUUGGAAUUGAAAGGGUUCCGGUUCCGUUUUUAGUAUAUUUGCAAGCAGAACACAAUCCAUUUUAGAUUUUUACCUGUACAAAUUUGGGUUAAACAAGGUUCUGUUUGCUUUCUGUAUUUGUUCCCAGGUGGCGAACGAAACAGAACUUGGACUUCAGCUUCCUAAUGCUCUAUGCUCAAGACAAAGGAACCUAUUAUGUUCAGGUAGAGAUCAAAGGUCACUUUGAGUCAAAUAACUAUCAAAAAUCCUAAAGUACUGGGACUUGACUUCCCCUAGUAUACAACUGAAUAAAUUCCUGACUUAAAAGAGAAUAUCAAAAAUGUGUGUGUGUUUUUGUUUUUUUUAUAUAUAUUCUCUAGUUAGAGGACGAUGUUGUUGCAAAGUCUGACUACCUCAGCACCAUGAAGAACUUUGCCGACAAGGAAACCUCCAAAGACUUGCUCUACCUAGAGUUUUCCCAGCUCGGAUUCAUCGGUGUGUGUCUGAACUAUUAAAUCCUUAAUUGCUUGAGUAUUUUAUAGAAACUAAUUACUACCUGUGUGAAUCUGUCUGUUUUAUCUUCCAGGAAAGAUGUUUCGAACCCGUGACCUCCCCAUGAUCUCAGAGUUCUUUCUGAUGUUUCACAGAGACAAACCCAUUGACUGGCUUUUAGAUCACAUCCUGUGGGUCAAAGCCUGUAACCCCGAGAAAGACGCAGUAAGUAUUUUACCUCAGAAAAGUUAAAGAUUAUCUAAUGAUCUUCACGUGUUGGAUAUUAAUUACAAAGCAAAGGGGUCUCUGGGGUCCCUCAAUUCACAGGUUCUUGAGGAAAUGGGCUGAGGCAGAAAUCUGAAAUGUGUAGAGCCUGUUCAUUCUCUUUAAUGAAGUUUAUAUGACUGCAGCCCUAUGAACACAGCAGUAUGUCUCCUGUUGUGUCCUAUGCAGAAAGACUGUAAUACGCAGAAGGAAUUACUCAAGAAGAGGUACAAGCCCUCCCUCUUCCAGCACGUCGGCGUGCACUCGUCUCUGUCUGGGAAACUUCAGCCUCUAAAAGUGAGUGCAAGCGCAUAGAUCACAGACAUCACAUUAUACACUUUUUAUUUCCAGUUUGACUGAUUUUUAAAGGAAAUAAAUUAAUAAUUAUGCACAAUACUAUCAGCAUGAUAUCCGUGCCGGCAGAUAGUAGCAUCAAAAGUUGGUUAUUGGUAUUUGCAGAUAUGAACAUUUCCACUGAUCUACAAACCCCAAUUCAGUUGUGAUACCAAGACUACAAUAAUUAGCAAAUAGUUUUCCACAUAUAUUCACUUGAAUCCACUACAAAGACAAGAUAUUUAAUGUUCAAACUGAUCAACUUGACUGUUUCUUACAAAUAUUCACUCAUUAUGAAUUUGGUGUCUGCAACACGUUCCAAAAAAGUUGGGAACAUUAACAGGCAGAAACCUCGAGCAGAACCAGACUCAUGUUAGACAGUCAUCUGCUGAGACUGAGCUGGGUUUAACGUGAGGAAGUUAGGUCUCUGUGACAUGGGAGCAGGUUUUUUUUCACUUAAUCACAAAGUUGAAGUAGUAUUUACAUCAGGAAAAAACAGUGAGUAAAAGAUGUGUGAAUGUUUGAGGUUACUGGGGAUGAUUAAAAGAGUUUACACCUAUAAGACAAAUACACCAGAGUUAUUAAAUCAAAUAGGCUAAUACAAUUAAGUACAUAUAUUACUGCGAGGACACACAGGUGCACCGGAUUUAUCUUAAGAUCAGUAAUGUUUAAUGGAAACAUGCAGGUUAAGUAGUUCUGCUCAUGUCUGUAAUUGAACUUAUUUGUCUUUUUUAUUUCCAUGUGUGCUUGUAUCUGGUACCUGUCAGGAUAAAGACUUUGGGACCCAGGCCUUGUUUAGAGCUCACAAAAACCCUCCUGCAGAACUGAGCACCAGCCUGAUUCACUACCAGCAGCACAGCCUGGAUAGAGCGUAUGGAGGAGUGGAUUUCUUCUGGGCGACAGCACCCAUCAAAAAUGACUACAUACUCUUCAACUUCUCCCUGCCAAUCAACAUUACCCGGUCUGUCUGAUUUUCAUAUUUAAGCUUUUGGAAAGGUUUUGGUGGUGGGGCGAGCUGAAGUGUUGUUGGUUUUUUUUGUUGGGUUUUUUUUGCGUCCUUCUCCAUCACAGCUCCUAAAGCUAAGCUGCUACGUUAUAUUUAGCUGCUCAGUUUUCCGAGGUCUUCUAAUGGGAGGGGACGAGUCGGAACUACGGGAGAGGGGUGUGUGGAAUACAGCGAGGUGAUUGGAUGGAGAGGCGGAGCAGGAGAUUUACCAAUAGGAGCUGUCCAGGACAGAUGGCCCGUAUUGGUCAAUGUUUUUGCAGCCCUGCACCUGUUUGGGUGAACAGAUUUUUCUUUUUUCUCUUAACUUUGUAGAGAUCGCACCAUAGGACCAUGAUCGCCAUAAACGAGGUUCAUAAUAAUUACCAAUCUCUCCAAUCGUCAACCAUGUCUUUUAUGUAAAAGGUUUUGUUAAAGGACAGAUGAAAAACCUCAAUCUUCAGUAUUUACUUUUCAAUGCUAAAAAAACAAGCACAGAAAACUAAAUAAACUCACACUGUUGAGUCUGAAUAAACCCACACCCACUUAGCACAUAGCUCUGUCACUGAUGUGUGGUUUUCUACAAUCCGGUGUUCAAAUUAUUUUUUUUAAUGACAUUUAACAAGCAAUGCUUCUGUGAUGAAGUGGGUGAUCAUUUAAACUCAGCUGUUUACCUGUGCUCUUUAGACUUACUCCUCCUUGGACCAACAAAGUGAGGAUACUUACCCCCCACCCUGCUGACAUAUUUUGAGGUUUGGAGUUACUAAUGUACCUUAGGCUAAAAUAUGAGUGCAGGAACGUUGCAUUUUUGUCAGAGUCUAAGUGUUGAAUUUUGUAUAUAGGACUGUAAAGAGUCCUGUAAAGUUGGUGAUUUUAUUCUUGUUUUAAUGAUAAAACACAGCAGCAAUAGGUUAUUGGUUGCUACACAUUGUUUAAAUACAUAAUUACACAUGUUUUAGCUCAUCCAGAUCUUUCACAACCUUAAUUUCACUCCUAUUAAGAUGACACACAUUUUUAUCCAGACUGUAUGAAUUUCUUGAUUCUGAUUGGUCAAAAUCUCCCCAAACUAGGGAGGCAGGAUACUGGAAUUUUGCUGAUAUCCAGUAUGUCGACAUAUGUACAGACUCACAUGUACCCACCUUAUUUUUCAUCACAAAGAACACCAAAUCUCUCCUAUAAUAGAGUUUAUUUGCCUGUUACUCUUAUUAUGACAGUCCAUUUGUUAAAGAAACACACAUAAAACACAGGCAGCAUUUGAUUCUUCUGCAUCUGUAAUGUGUUUUCUGCCUGUUUACAACACUUAACAUGUUGGCACAUAUUGGCCUUUAACUGGGGGGUCUAUGAGUUGAAUACACAUCAUCUUUGAUAUGGAACACGGAAUUAGGAAAAUGACAACACAAAAAAAGAACUUUAUUUAUCUGUAAAAAGAAAUCCAUUCUUCGGGGGUCUCAUGUCAUCUACUGUUUUCGAUGAAUUAAAAAGUCUGAUUGCUGUACUGAUGAAUUCACCAUAUUUACCAUCCAUUAGGCUAACAAUGUCAUUUUUGUAGAGAAAUGGUCCAUGUAUUAUCCGUCCAUUCAAUUAUUCCAUUUGAUCUAGUAAACAAAAAACAAAAAAACGAGUCAAUAUUUUGUUUAUUUGUAAUUCUGUGUAACCAAAAAAAUAAAAGAUGAAUGUUUGUUUUCGUAUUUUCAAUUCAAAACAGAAUUUGUAAUAGAGAUGGAAACAAAAACAAAACAAUAAAUCUACUUUUCGUUUUUGGGUUAUUGAUGUCCCAAUUUCCCACGGUGCCUUUCUACUGUUCACGCAUGCGCAUUGCAGAACAAAGUAGCCAACAACGUGGACCAAAAACAUGGUAGAGAAAGGCUAAUCUUGUUGGCAUAUUUAAAGCCGCCAGGAGGGUCACGCUGAAGGAGGAAGAUAUGACUGUAGAAAAAAUUACAACCAGAGCUCUGUUACAACGGAAGAUUUUGGCGCUCGAACCACUCUGUCGCAUCCUUGGCCAUGGUAACUGUCGCUGAGGAUCAUGGGAAGGCCAGUGUAUUCUCCAUGCAUGUAUGCUCUAAACAGGUGCACUCAAAAUCAAUAAUUGUAAAUAAGAUUUAUGAGUUCGCUUUUGUUUCCUUCUCAAUUACAUAUUCUGUUGUGAGCUAAAAAAAACGAAAACAAACACUAUUUUUUAAAUUUUUUGGUUAUACAGAAAAACAAACAAACAAAAUAUUGACUCGUUUUUCAUUUUUCGUUUACUAGUUUGAAUGGAAUAAUUGAAUGGACGGAUAAUACAUGGACCUGAAAUACAUCACAGACGGCUGUCUCUAUGCAGUUUGCUUUUUUUUUUUUUAAUCAAUGUGACUGAGAUAAUUGCUGUCAUCUCUGCUGCUUAGAGUUGCUUUGUGAGCUCUCAUCCUGAUGGCAUGAAAUUCAGUUCACCAAGUAGCUGGAUGAAGAGGGAAAGAUCAUUUCAAUUUGGAGUCGAUUGCUGACCAAUGUGACAAAUGUCAGUUUAUAACCACCCUUCUUCCUGGGGCGAUUGAGCGCCUGUAAUGGUACAGAUGCCGUGCACUCUUGGUUCAUAACCAAUAAUCAGGAUACUGAGAGUGAGCUCUAACUAGGCUUCUACUUUGUAGGCUUUAACUCACUGCAGGGCAGCCUACAGUAACCCUGGUUCAAAGAAACAUAAACCCAACACAAUGAAGUCUGUUACAGCACAGUUUGUAAUUGAAGGGCUGAAUCACAGCUGUCUGAUUUAUGCCAACAUAACAUUAGUAGACGAUGUAUGAUUGGAGACAGUUGAUGUCUUCAUCACCAAGAGUUUAGAGAGACAAUGCUUAUUUAUGCUCAAUCACAGCUGGUAAAAAAAUAUAAGUGUGUUUGCGCUGUCAGGCUUUUUGCAGAAAGGGAGAAAUAAUAAAAAUAAUGAAUGCAUAACCGUUCAUAUACAUUUAUGCAAACCGGUGCACAUGAGGAACAAACCCUUUGGGCUCUAUUUUCGUUUCCGCCGGUGAUGGAGCCCGGCGUACAGCCAGUUUGGUAUUUUCGUAAUGAGGCGCACCGAGUUCCGCCAAGCUGGGGGUGGUGGCGCGGCAGGGGGAGGUGUCGACAGAAUCAGCUGGUGCAGUGACAUUUUUGUGCUCACCAGUGGUGUAUGAAGUGCGCUGAAAGCUCGCUGAUUCAAACCUGGUCAGCUUUCAGCGCAGGCGGAGAGCAGCUGGUCUAGUGGUAUUUUGGUAGACCAGCGUCACAGAUGCUAAAUCAAUAUAUUCUGAUCAAUAUCUGAUCUGAUGAGCGUGUUUGGCACGCUUUUGGACACACAACCUGACCAAAUCACCACAGCUGAAAACGCAUUAAAUUAAAUUAAAUAUGAUGAAGUUAACAAGAUAUUUAAUUAGUCUCCCCCCUAUUUCUUUCUUCCUCUUCUUCCUCUUCCUCUUAUUUCUCGUGCAGCUCGACCUGGACAUGUCUCCGUGUCCUCUCCCCGUCCUGCUGCUGCUGCGGCGGCUGAACAGAUGAUUUGUUUCAGUGAUCAGAUGAGUUAUUUACUUUAAGCCUACAUACGAAUAUUAUAUAAUUCAGUUUUGUGAGCCAAAUUUAUUUUAUAUGCUAACAUCUAUGAAAGAAAGAGCCAGGCCACGGAGCGUGAUGCGUCCUUUACACACUGAUGGUUCCGAUUUUAAUGCCAUUAUUGGAAUUUAUGUUGUGAUCUGUGUGCACAACCCACCUUUGUCACGUGAGGUUUGAAUAUAUGCAACUUUAUGUGAGUGUCUUUAUUUGCGGAAAAGUAUGUUGGACCAGUGGGUCCAAAAUUACACACACCAAAUCCAUCCGUGCUCGUAUGAGAGAGUGUGGAGGACGCCCUCUGCAGCACUUACAGUGACACUUGUUGAGAAGCUGCCUUCUGUCACCAUCGUGUGGCAUUACUGUCUUCAGACAUCUCUUGAUCUCUUUGACAACUUUACAAAAAUUGUAAUACGCCUUGCCGUUGGCGGAUUUAAAGGUGAGGAGAGGAGUGGUCCUGAUUGGUGAAAACAGGUCUCAGCUGUGUUAAACCCACUCCACGCCUUCUCUCCUCCCUCCCUACGACUUACGCCGCUGGAAGGAGCUGAGUUAGGGAGGGGGGAUACUUACAGUUGAUGCAGUUAACAAGUAUGAACAGUUUCAGCAGAAUGCAUGAAGACAUAUCAAUCCUCACCAGUGCUACAAAUAUCUAAACUAAUAAAAGCCUGAAUGGUUCAUUAUAAAGAGUUGUUUGGGUGCAGACAGAGCUGGCUCUUAUUGUUAAGCUGAGCUGAAUGAUCUAGAUCACUAAAAAAUGAUGCCUUCCUAUCAGUUGAAACUUUUUCACUGGUGCAACUGGUUACUAAUUUUUGUGAUCCUGUCCAAUAAGUUGACAGAUAGAGAGAGAGUCAAACACACCCUCAGCUAACACUUCUUAUUCUUAAGCCCCCCAUGUGUCAAACCUGUGCUGUUUUCUCUUCUGCAGGUACCUGUUUCGCAGUGGAAGUAUUGAAAAGAGUGGAGAUAAAUUGUACAACACAACUGUGGAAGUGUUACCUGGCAAUGUGAGUGACCUUCCUCUUUGUAUGUCUGUCUGUGUGUUAUUUAGUUCCUCUACUGUCGUCAGGCAAGGCUUGGUUUUCAUCUCAGGUGUUGGUGCCUCAAGAAAGAUUGGCAGGACAACAUGAAACACAAGCUAUCUGUUAUCACUCCAGCUUUUCUCUGCUCUGUGUGUGUGUGUGUGAUUGUGUGAACCGACACUUCUGUCAUGCCAAAGGUGAAAAGUGGUCAUGCUGUGUGUGACUUUUAAGUAAAGUUAGACCUGCGUUUGAGUUCAUACUAAAUGUUGGACUUCAGAUUCUGGGCUUUAUGCCAUCGUUUUAGCUAAAGUGCUGUAAAGGUUUAAUUGUCAAUUUUGCCUCCUUAUCUGAAGCUGGUUUCAUACAGCUUUAAAAAUCAAAGACUGUGUUGCUGAUAAAAAAAAAGACUUUAUCUCUUCAGAUUUGAGAGAGGGAGCUGAUCUUUAAAACGUGACUCAGUAUUUCUUUGUUGUACCGCAUCAUAACCUGAACUGACAAGACCUUUGUGUUGUGUACUUUGACAUUUUAGUAGAGAGAGUGUAUGUAUUACUGUACUGUAUUGUAUAUAGUGUGUGUAUUACUGCAGAACCUGGCAACAGGACAGAAACAAUACAGUUCACAUUAUGCUAAAAGGGGGUGAGGCAAAAACCAAGAAGGGACAACCUUAAGUUAAGUUAAAAAAGUGUGACUAACAAGAGUCUUUAAAGGGACACCGAGGACUUUCAGUGCUUAUAGAGUCAGAGUCUGCAAGGACCAGCUGGUGUAGCUGCAAAAUACAGUGUAUAUCUUGCUGAUCAAAACACACCUGAAUCAUGAGCUCCCUCAGGCGGGUCUAGUCCAAAGCAGAACAGAUUUUUGUGAUGGUAUGAAGCAGACACUCAGUCGUGGAAAGUCAUUGCCCUUUUUUCUCUAUUCUUCUGAUGUGGUGCUCUGAUGGAUCAUAUUGUCAAACCUUGUUUUAUAGCAUCAAAUAAGUCAUUAAAAGUUCACGUUGUUGUCUAAUUUUGGCUAACAGAGCAUGACAAGCACACAGAUGUAACCAUCUUCUCUGUAAACUGUCUGUAUCUUCCCAUUUUUAUCAUAAACUCUGAUAAAUGCUCCCUGAUCACACCCCUGAUGCCUCAUCAGUCCAGGAUUGUCACAUAUCCAAAGUUAUUCCCUUAUUGGACAAACAUGGACACUCCUCUGUAUAUAUGGACAUGGAAAGUAAAUAUAGACUUUCACAAGCAGACAAAUAAAACAAGUGAUGAAAAGCAUGCAGCUCUUAAAAUUAAACUGUACAGCAAAGCAACUUACUUUAAAAGCCAAUAGUUUCCACAGACUGCUAGUUUUCUGGUCUUUAUCUUCAUGUGUUUCUGUGACACCCAGGGGCUUUACUAUCCCACUGUGAGGAUCAGUGUGUUUGGUGCUAUGCUCACAUUGUUUGGGAAAGGUGAGUCAAAUUAUGACAGAUUGUCAUAAUUUACCGAAUGACACUCAGUGACAACCUUUAGAAAAAGUGUGGGAACCUGGACGGGGAAUUCUUAGCUGUCAGACCUUUGUUGAAACCAAGAAUCGCAAAAGUGAGGUCUUCAUGUAGGUCCUUUUGUUUUAUCUGGACUUUGAUUAAAUAAUGAGUCUCUUGUUUCUGAACUUAUAAUUUGCUCACACCUUUGUUCACUCCCACACAAAUUUACAACAACACAGUCAUGCCAUUGGUCAUUAGAUCAAGUCAUUGGUCUAACAAACUUCAUACAUUGUGAGAAAACUAGGACGUGUCAGCUGUGUCACCUGGAAGGUGAGGCUGUAAAUGCUUUUCUUCAGAUGUCACCAGACAAGUUUUAAAUGCUUGAGUUGUUGCAGCUGGAGAAUUGCUUUGUAAUUUGGUUCAGUGUUUCAAUGAAAGACUAAAGAGAUUUACAGCUUCCUGAAAACAAAGCAGCCAAACCUGCUUUACAGAGCUUCCACAAAAUAGUAAUGAAUAUGCAGGUCAGCAGGCUGGCAAAGUGUUGAAGACCAACCCAUGCUUUGUUAGGUUUUUGUGUAACAAUUACCACAACAAUUUGUUACACAAUCACCAAACGUCCUGUGAAGACUAGUCACCAAGUCUGCUUUGGAUGUGGAACCACAAAGGCUCAUUGUGCCAAAUAUGAGAACAGGUACAAUACAGAAAUCAGUCCUGUACAGGGUCCAGUGUGGUUGUAUGAUUAUCACAUUAUCCAAAAGUAGACAGAAAUUCAAGAACAAUACCAAUUUUGAUUUUGUGUUUUCUGCUUAAAGGGGGGAUAUCAUGCUUUUCCAAAUUUACAACAAAAACACAGACCUCAUAAUUUACUCUGGAGUUCUUUAUGAUAGAUGUGACACAGUUGAUAAACACCUUUUUUUUUCCUGAAGUGGGUUAGCAACAUAAAAAAAACUAACAAAAAAACAAAACAAACUGUGAUGCAUAAUGGCACUUUUCCGCUAAGUUUGUGAAGCAUUCAACCCUUAGCACUGUGUGAAUUACAAAUGUGUUUUUGGCUUGGUAUAGUGAAUUAAUUCCUCACUUCACUAAAAUAUAAAUGAAUUAUUUUACAAACCUGCUUUACAAAAAGGCCCGGUACCUGAAGUACAGCCAAAGUUAAUCAAAGACCCAGUCUUUACUCAAGGAUUAACAGUCUACUCAGGAUUUCACCAUAAAAAAAUAAAAAUUAAAAAUAAAAAAAAGGAAAAGUUGCAUAAGGCUGUGGGACAUUUUUUUUUUUUACCUGCAGCCCUGCCUCUCUCUAAAACCUCCUAAAACAGUAACUUUGGUUGACGUGAUUUUCAUGCUUUUGCAUUCAGAUUUGAUUUGAUCAGUGGAGUCACCCAAAAGUAGAUUCAUUUAUAAACAUGAUCACUGAGACUGGAAUGGAUGACUAUGGGCAAUGAACGUCGUACUUGUUGCUUAAUGCCACAUGUAUUAGUUUAAGUUAUUUCUGUUUCUAAAAGUCACCUGUUUUCCUCUCUCUGCUGAUUUAUUUGUUGUAAAAGAUAUUUGGGAUGUUUACAGGACUGUUCCUUUUAAAAAGGAGGUUAUAUGAUUUAAAUAAAUAACCUAAGGCUCUGUGACACAGUCUGAAGAGGCUUCAGUGGCUCUGUGCCAUCCAAUCUUUCAGUUUUGCUGUUGUACAUCAAUAACAUCAAUAAGGCCUGGAAUGUCAAAAGGAAGUUGGCUGGAAAUAUUUCCAUGUUCUGACAACAGCUGCUGCUUCAUUGGAAGAAAUCCACACCAUUCAUAGAUAUCUUUGGUUUGAUGAUUUUGAAUGUUUCACUUCCCUGAAUUUCUGCUCUGUUUUCCUCAUGCAGGCCUUCGCAAAGGGUCAGAUCAAAUCUGUGGACGGCUUAACUUCCCCCUACCAGCAAUCUGAUAAGGGCUUCACUGUCGUCGGUAAAUAUGCCACCUGAGCACAUAAAAAAAAAGAAUGUUGACUCUUUUAUCAAACAAACACACACACACACACACACACACACACACACUGAAGCAUCAGUCAUGUAACAUGGAUUAUGUUAAGUUUAGAUGAUUAAUCUGUUUUGAAAAGGGUAGUAAAGGGCGAGGCUUGUUUGAUCACAUUCCUCUGAAGCUACAGAUGUUUGGUUUCACACACCUGAAGGCUGAAGUGCGAUGGCUGCUCAUGAAAGAGGACAGAUAAAGCUUGUGUUGUGGAAAAUCCAACAUAAACUCAGUAAAACAAUGCACAGGAGACAGGAUGAGAUCUGAAGAACAGCCUGGGCGUCUUUUAUUGUACAGAUGUAGAAAUCAGUACAGAUGACAAACAGAGUCUCGACCAAGACAGAGGGAUGCUUUCUCUUCUACUCCCUUUUAUGAUGUUAGGUGCGGGCGUGUGUGUGUGUGUGUGUGUGUGUGUGUGUGUGUGUGUGGGGGGGGGGGGACAUCCUCAAACACAUGUUUGAGGAAAAAAAAAUGGACUGGCACAUUCAACAAGUGAAAAGGGGUAAAUGUAAGUCAGAACAUAAUGAAAAUAAUUCACUUAACAAUGGUAGGGUCGAUUCUAUCCUUACAAAAUAUGGGAAGACAAUAUAAAUUACCUAUAUAACUGCACUCAUUAUAUAAUGCAAAUAAGGUUGCUUAAAAGUUGGUGGGGACAAUUUGAGCACCCUGAAAAGUUGGUUGUGUUAUGUCUCUACCCUCCCUAUGCAAACCUACGCCCUUGUUGUUUAGACUCAUCUUAUCUCUGGCAGAGAUUAAAUGUUCCAACAGACAGAUAGUUCUGGUAGCUGCAAGACAGCCUUGCUUACAAACCUCAGAGUCAUGAGGCUGCAUAAGCAGGCCAACCUAGAUUAUUUGUAACUCCUUAUUAAAAGAUAGUUACUCUAUAUUUCUUAACCUAAAUAUAUGAAGAGAUUCUUCUACACUCGUCCGGAAGACUCAAACCUGUUCCUUAAACAUGUUUGCCCUUUAAUAGAUUUCAAAUUGAUAUUUCUUCAUCUGUGAUAUUUACACAAACACAUUUUGUGUCAAUACUUAACACUGUGUCACACAUUCACACCACUUUAUCCCUUUUUAAAACUCUUACUUUCACUGAAUUCAAUGCAAGAGUUCGCUUAUAUAAAGUAUUUUCACUCACUUAACUUUUACUGGGUUUAGAAUCUGGUGAAACUCACCUCCUGCAGUUUAACACUCCAGAAACUUCAAGACCUGUCAUCAGAGAGAAGCAGGGUUAGGUCCGUUUAAAUGUGGCGGUAUUAGACUCUUGCAAUCUCAGUGUUCAUAUGAUAAAAUAAUAAUAAAAAAUUAAAAAAAACAGUUUAAACACUAUUUUUGCAGGCAGGUAAGAAAAUAAUGAAUGUGUGUCUGUAUGUUUGAUUCAGGUGCGUUUGAGAAUGGGUUGGCCGAAGGUGAGAUUGAAGAAUCCCUGCGGCCGAUCUCUGCUCUCCGUCUGGUCGUCCACUCCCACGCUGCUGUCUGGGCUUUGCUGAGUGAGGUACGACAUGAGUGUGUGUGUUCAUAUGUGUGUUCUCCAUUGUAGACUAUGUUCAUGUUGUUAGGUAUUUUUCAUUAUCCUCUGUAACGUCUGAGCUGUCACACAGAAGCGUUUGAAUAUUCAGAUCUCUUAAAAAAAAAAAGGGUAGGCAGAAGUUUUCCAUUUCUGAAACCAUGUCAGGUGAUUUCCAGACAUGCUUACAUGAGUUUGUACCAGUACAGCCACAUGUUUUUCAUACUUGGGGAGGAAGGUUUGUUUAACUAUACAUAACCCUGAAGGAACUAAAGGGAGUUUACAUGACACCUCCCUUUAUACCUCUGCCUUAUUAUUGCAAACACAUUCAUAACUGAAUUGUUAUCAUAGUACUAUGUACUAUGGAUUUUAAAUAAAUCAUUGGAGAGAGGCAGAUGUUGUGCUAUAGAUUGCUUAAUAUGGCUAGUUUUGCCUAAAAUACUAAAUAUUACUCUAAAAAAAAAGAUACAAUGCUAAAACAGUAGUUAAAGGCUGUUUUUUUAAGCUUUACACGCAUGAGCAAUAGGCAAAAUGUGCUGCUAGAAAAGAUGACGUCAGCCAUCUGAGGGCAAAUGCCAAUAUGUACAAAUGCCAGUAAU